UUUGUCUGUUCACAGUUGGUGAAUGAGGAGGGCGGGUUCGAGGUGGUGUGCCGAGAUCGUCGUUGGUCUAAGAUUUCGGUGAAGAUGGGGUUUGCUGCAGGUAAAGCCAUCGGGUCUCACCUCAGAGCUCACUACGAGAGGAUCCUGUACCCCUACAACCUGUUCCAGACUGGCUCCAACCUGCCGAAAACGAUUUUGACGAAUGACACAAAGGACCAGGAGUAUACACCCCAUGACAUCCCACAGAGACAGUCAGUGCAACCUCAAGAGACCUGCACCAUUGCGCGCAGGGCCAAACGCAUGAGGGCCGAGAAAAUCAAAAUUGAACCUGGAGAGAUCUGUGAUACUCGUCCGGCUCUGAGGAUGAGGAGGAUGGGAACUUUUCCAGUGAAACGAGAACAAACGAGAAUGGCAGUGAUGGAAAUAAAGGAGGAGCCCGAGGACCCAGCUGACAUUGAAGCUACUUUGAACAACAAACCGUCAAAUAAAGUGGACCAGUACAUGUGCCUGGUUUGUGGACAGGGAAAUGCAGAGGAUCGUCUUCUUCUGUGUGAUGGCUGUGAUGACAGUUACCAUACAUUUUGUCUCAUCCCACCGCUCCAUGAGGUCCCACGAGGAGACUGGAGGUGCCCCAAGUGCCUCGCUCAGGAGUGUGGUAAGCCUCAGGCGGCGUUUGGAUUUGAGCAGGCAAGCAGGAGCUACACUCUCCAGGCCUUUGGAGACAUGGCCGAUUCAUUCAAGUCGGACUAUUUCAACAUGCCAGUUCAUAUGGUACCCACGGAGCUGGUGGAGAAGGAGUUUUGGCGUCUGGUGAGUACGAUCGAGGAGGACGUGACUGUUGAGUAUGGAGCCGACAUCGCCUCCAAAGAGUUCGGUUCCGGUUUUCCAGUGAAGAAUGGACAUUUCCAGGUCACUGCAGAGGACGAGCAUUACGUGACCAGUGGCUGGAACCUGAAUAACAUGCCUGUUCUGGACGCCUCAGUUUUGACCCACAUCACAGCUGACAUCUGUGGCAUGAAGCUGCCCUGGCUCUACGUAGGCAUGUGCUUCUCCUCCUUCUGCUGGCACAUCGAGGACCACUGGAGCUACUCCAUCAAUUACCUGCAUUGGGGUGAGCCGAAGACGUGGUACGGUGCCCCCGGUUAUGCAGCUGAACAUCUGGAGUCUGUGAUGAAGAAACUGGCCCCAGAGCUGUUUGAGAGUCAGCCGGAUCUGCUGCAUCAGCUGGUCACCAUCAUGAACCCCAACACACUCAUGAACCACGGUGUACCGAUCUUUCGCACAAACCAGUGUGCAGGAGAGUUUGUCAUCACUUUCCCCAGAGCGUACCACAGCGGUUUCAAUCAGGGAUUCAACUUUGCUGAGGCUGUUAACUUCUGCACCAUGGACUGGAUGCCGAUUGGGCGCAGUUGUAUUGAUCACUAUCGGCAGCUGAGCAGAUACUGCGUGUUCUCUCACAAUGAGAUGGUCUGCAACAUGGCAGUGAAGGCUGCCACUAUGGAGGUCAAUCUGGCCUCAGUUUUGACUAAAGAGGUUCAAGACAUGGUCCAGGAAGAGGAGGAACUCAGGAAGAAGAUCACAAAACUGGGGGUAGUUCGGUCCCAGCAGGUGGACUUCGAGCUACUCCCAGAUGAGGAGCGCCAGUGCACCCGAUGCCUCACCACCUGUUUCCUGUCGGGACUCACCUGUGACUGCUGCCCUAAGAAGAUGGUCUGUCUGUACCAUCUGCAAGAGCUGUGCCAAUGCCCAACGGACACCCUCACUCUAUAUUACAAGUACACACUGGAGGAGCUGUACCCUCUUGUGGCGGCAGUGAAGCAUCGUGCAGAAUCCUACAAGAACUGGCUCCGAGACGUGACUGAGAUCGUGGAGAAGAAAGAGGCCAGCAAAAGAAGUUUAGAAGAGCUGCACAGUCUGGUGGAGUUGGCAGAAACUGGAGCUUUUCCAGAUAAAAACCUCCAGGAGCAGCUGAAGACCAUUGCCUCUGAGGCUGACAAAGUGGCUGUGAUGGCUCAACAGCUUCUCAAUGGCAAACGCCAAACCAGGUUUCGUUCUUGUGGUGGUAAAUCACAGAGUCAGAAUGAGCUGACGGUCGACGAGCUGCGGUCCUUUGUUCGACAGUUGGACGCUCUUCCCUGUAACAUCAGACAGGCCCCACUGCUCAGGGACCUGUUGACCCGAGUGGAGGACUUUGAGCAGCGCAGUGCUCAGCUCCUGUCUGCAGAUGCCCCCAGCCCCUCAGACCUUCAAGACCUUCUGGACCUGAGCCUGGGUCUGGAUGUGGACCUGCCCCAAAGGCGAGUGCUCAGGGAGAGGCUGGAGCAGGCACGGUGGCUGGAGGCGGUGUCCCAGGAGAGCUCCCACCCUGAGGCCCUGUGUCUGGACACCAUGAGGAGGCUGAUCGACCUGGGCGUGGGGCUGGCUCCACACGGCUCUGUGGAGAAGGCCAUGGCUCGACUGCAGGAGCUGCUCACUGUGUCCGAGCAGUGGGAGGAAAAGGCGCUGGGACUCAUGGAGAACAGGCCAUACCAGAGCCUGGAGGACCUGGAGGGGGCGCUGCAGGAGGUGGAGAACAUUCCUGCAUUUCUGCCCAACUGUCUGGAACUGAAGGACGUUGUGGAGAAGGCGAAGAGCUGGAUACAAGAGGCAGAGGCACUACAGCUGGGUGGGCGUAUCCCUGUGCUGGAGAGUCUAUUGGACCUGGUGCAGAGGGCGGAGUCGAUCCCGGUCAGACUGGACCCUCUGAGUCGACUGGAGGCUCUUGUCAGUGAUGUCCAGACGUGGAAAGAGAGCGCAGCCAAAACCUUCCUCCUACGAAACUCUCACUACUCUCUGCUCGAGGUGCUGUGUCCUCGCUGUGAUGUGGGCCCUGGACUCUUGAGGUCAAAGUCUAAAAAAGGAAAAGAAGCUUCUCCUCAGAGUAAAAGGAGCCCUUCAAGGCUGGACUCUGUGUGUGACGUGGAGAAGGCUCUUUCAGAAAGCAAAGACUCUGCCUCUGCGAUGGCGACUUUAGCAGAAGUCCACCACACAGAGAUGGAGCUUCUUCUGGCACUCCGAACUUCCAAUGAGUCCCGCCUUUCUAUGGCUGAAGACUGCGGUUCCCUGGGCGCCUGUGUGUGCCAGAAGCCCCCGUCUGGAGCCAUGGUGCAGUGCGAGCUGUGCAGAGAGCUGUUCCACUGCAGCUGUGUGCAGGUAGAGCGAACAGAGCGGGCAGAGGGAGCGGAGAACGGGCACGCCUGGUUCUGCCCGUUCUGCCAGAGGUCCAGGAAACCUCCUCUGGACAAAGUGCUCCCUCUGCUGGCGUCACUGCAGAGGAUCAGAGUGAGGCUGCCUGAAGGAGAUGCUUUGAGGUUCCUGAUCGAGAGAACGGUCCGAUGGCAACACAAAGUCCAACAAGCCUGCUCUGACGGGCUGCUGGAGAGACUGGGGAAGGGAAGAGGCAGCCACCGGUUGCCUUCACGUUUAGACUGGGAACGUCAUGGGUCACCUUUCUACACAGAGCACCCCUCUAUUCCACUGCAUGCUCUUCCGUCGGAGUUGGACGAGUUGCUGGUGGAGGGCUUCCUGUUGCAGGUGACCCUUCCAGAGACAGAGCAGCUUCACAGAUAUUUACUGUACAAACUGAGCCCGCCCCCUGCACCCUCCCCCCAACACAGCCCUGAGAGAGAAAACCACCAUCACCACAAGAGGAGUCCACAGCACGGGAAGAAUGGAGGUACCAGUCCUUCGAAGGAAAACGGUCAGAGCAAACGGACCAAAAAGCGCAAGGACAGCUCUGACUCUCAACUCAGUGAAAAGGCUAAGAAAUCUCGUAAAAAGAAGUCAAAGAGGAGUAAAGAAAGAAGAGAGGAGAGGAGGGAGGAGAGGAGAGAAGAGCGGAGAGAGGAGAGGAGGGAGGAGAGCCGGAGGGGCAGCUGUUCCCCGGUCCAUAGCUCUGACCCAGCUCCUUCAGAGUCAGAGGAGGACUACUCUCUGUGUGCAGCACCGUGGUGCAGGGAGCCAGAGGGAGACGAGGUGAACUGGGUGCAGUGCGACGGCAGCUGUAAUCAGUGGUUCCAUCAGGUGUGUGUGGGCUUGUCGUCUGAACGGGCCGAGAGCGAGGACUAUAUCUGUAUAAGCUGCACACAACCCGACUACGACCGGGGCAAAUGAACUCUCACCACCCCUGACCUCUGACCUCCUGACCCCCAACCCUGUGUGCGCCCCCUGCUGUGAACAUGGUGCUACUUCAGAACUUUUCCAGAACAGACUCCUCUCUAUAUCACUGUAUUUUGUCUGCUCCCUGGCGAUUUUUUUAGCCGUACAAUCAACUGAACUAACCCUUUCCUCUUUAACUUUCCAAGACUUGAUGUACAGAAAGACAAGAGAGAUGUUUGCAGCGCUUUUUUGAACUUUUGAACCAAAAAAGUUUGACAUCUUUUUAAAAAUAUUUUGGUCUUUUUUUCCCCAAAUCAAUAUAUUAUGGACUUUUUCCUUUGUCUUGUAAAUAUUAUUUAUCCUUUCAAAAACUGAGCAAAUUUUGUUCAGUUAAACUAUCAAUUCCUUCAGAGGCCUUUGUCAAAACCCAACACAUGAAAUUCACUUCAUCAAUUGUUUGAUAUUUAACGAUUUGGGUGAAUCUGUUGACACUACUUGUAAUUUAGAGUAGUGACCCUUUGUGCAUAAGGUUUGCACGAAUAUAUUGCCUAGUCCCUUAAAGCUACACUACGUAACUUUUCUGGUUGAUGGUCUGUCUGUAGCCACCUGCUUGUCUCCAUGGAGAUUAUAUUGAUUUACCUGGAAUAUUCCACAGUAUGGCAAGGAAGAUAUGUUAAAGAGCUUUCUUGUAUUUUUUCAUUUAUAUUUAAUUUUUAUUGCUCAAAAUCUUGAAACCAUCCAUUUUUACUGUGAGCAGGGUUGCCUCACCACAAAUCAGAACUGUAACUAGUGGUUUGACUUGCUUGUCUCCAUGGAGUUAAAUGAGCUAAAUUCUACCAGAAAAGUUACACAGUGCACCUUUAAAUGUCUCUGACCUGGUUUUGAAGUCAGGGUUUUCUUUGCGCUGUCCGUGCAGAUCUCGACGUUGGACCGAAAGAUGGAGGAUGAAUUUUGUCCUGCAUCUUAAGGAAUGUACAUUUUGUUUGAGGGUGGACUUUCCUUUCGAACUCAGAAUGGAAAAUAUAAUUGUGUUGGACUUAGAUUAACACAGUGUGACUAAUGCCACGGGUAUAGGACCUUUAUCCUGCUCCUUUGGGUAAAUAAUAUAAUUCAUAUGUUGCAGUUUGCAUUAUAAAUAAAAAACGUUUGUUCCUGUC